UGUAAAACGAAGCCACGUUGACACAAAAAGUGUUGGUUUCUGUGUAUUUUUCUGACGCCGGAAAAUAACGGUCACGUUGUCCACUUUCAUCUGUCAGUCGAGGAGACUCAGCUGGAACAUCUAGGGAAAGGGCACAGAAACCACAUCAUCUGACAGGAUGAGUGUUGGAUUCAUUGGAGCGGGCCAGCUGGCUCACGCACUGGUGAAGGGUUUCACGGCUGCAGGUGUGAUUGCUACAAACAGGAUUACAGCCAGCUCCCCAGACACAGACCUGCCCACUGUGUCAGGGCUGAGGAAAAUGGGAGUGAACCUGACAACUAGCAAUAAAGAGACGGUCAGUAAGAGCGAUGUUCUCUUUCUGGCUGUGAAGCCCCACAUCAUCCCCUUCGUUCUGGAUGAGAUCGGGCCAGACAUCGAGGACCGUCAUCUCAUAGUCUCCUGUGCUGCAGGCGUCACCAUCAGCUCCAUAGAGAAGAAACUGCUACAGUACCGUACAACUCCUAAAGUCAUGAGGUGUAUGACUAAUACUCCAGUGGUAGUGAAAGAGGGAGCUACAGUGUAUGCUACUGGAACUCAUGCAGAGGUCGAGGACGGUAAGUUACUGGAGCAGCUGAUGGCCAGUGUAGGUUACUGCACUGAGGUGGAGGAGGACCUCAUUGACGCUGUCACUGGGCUGAGCGGCAGUGGGCCCGCCUAUGCGUUCACAGCAUUGGAUGCUCUAGCAGACGGAGGAGUGAAGAUGGGUCUGCCCAGGAGACUCGCUGUCAGACUUGGAGCUCAGGCCAUUUUGGGAGCAGCUAAGAUGCUGCUGGAAUCCGAGCAGCACCCUGGCCAGCUGAAGGACAACGUGUGCUCACCAGGGGGCGCUACCAUCCACGCCCUGCACGUCCUGGAGAGCGGAGGCUUUCGCAGCCUCCUGAUCAAUGCAGUGGAGGCUUCAUGCAUCAGGACACGAGAGCUGCAGUAUCUGGCUGAUCAGGAGCGCAUCUCUCCAGCAGCCAUUAAGAAAACUACGCUGGACCAGGUGCUCCAGCAGCCUGGAGUCACAGUCAGCGGAGUGGCUAACGGGAACGGCAAAUCAGGGCUCAGCCUGUUCAACAAUCGCGGCCCAAGCAUUAAGAAGAAGAACUGAGUGAACACACGUGAACGUACAAACACACAUCUCUUACAGCUGUUCAGCCAUUCAUGUUGACAAACUGACUCAGGACUGCUCUGAAAUCACAACUCUAUUACAUUGCCAAAAUAAUAUAUUCAUACUUGAGUGAAAUGCAGACAGUGGACGUGGUGCUGUCACCACCAUAUUGCACACAGGUGUAUUCUGUGUGCGUUCCUCACAGUUAUAGCCUUAUAUUGUGAUGCAGGAUCACUGUCUACACAUGCACACCUUCAGAUACACACUGAAGAGCAAAAGUGCAUUUACAAUCUGUUUUCUGUCUGUGUUUAGGCUCUAGACUAUCUAGGGCUGUUAAACAGUAAUGACCCAGUGGGCCAUCAUGGGAUCCUGGUACACACCAGACAGCAGAUGGCUGCACGGAUACCAUCAAGCUGUUAAUGUACGUCUUCAAUGUCUUGUUUUUUUUUUUUUUGUUUUUUUUUUUAAACAAUGAAGCUACAGUGUAAGUCAUCAUGUACCUUCUUUAGCUUUUUCAAAUAAUUCUGUUUGUUUUUCCAACAGUAUUAUACUGUUAACAGAGACUGAAUAUCAACUGAACAAAAAAGUAAUGAUGUUAUUUUCUGUAGUUUUGUUUGUCUUAUGAUUGUCACUAUGAUCUAUAUGGAUACAUCUCUGCAUUGUUACAGCGGGGUUUAUAGCACAUUGAGAACAUGGUGCCUUUGACUCUGACACAGAGCUUUAUUUUUCUCACAUAACAAGGUCAUUCCAAGCUUUAAUGCACCUCUGAUAUCAGAAUUAUCCUCAUAUCCCUCUUUUCCCUUCCUGUUUGUGGCUGUUAAGUUAAUUAUAAUAAUUGCAGGUCUGAACCUCCAGAUUUUGAACUGUUAUCUUGAACCUUCUGGUGUUUUAAACCAAAGGCAUUUCUCACUUUUCCUCUCAUAAGGGAAUGUGAUAUUAUUAGCUGAAAGUGCUAUAAAGAAAACUGAAGUCAACCACACGUGUUGAAGAAUAUAUGAUGUAAAAGAAUUACAUCUGUCCGUCCUAAUUAUGGAU